CACAACACAACACGUGAAAGUUUGUUUAUUGUUUUUAAUUAUUGUAUUUUUGCUUAAAUGGCAUCUUCAAGUGAGUCCUCAGCCGAAUCAGAGCAUGAAAUUGCCAGUGAUAAUGAAACGCAGGCUGCAAUCCGCGAAGACCUCAAGUCAAUGUCCUUUGAGGAAAUUAUGCAGCUGAAAGAGCAACUGGGCGCCAAGGUUUAUAAGGAAGCAGUGUUGGGUGGAAAAGCCUCCCAGUCAAGACAGCCAAAGGAAAGGAACGAACUUAAGCGUCUUAAUAAAAACAGACCACGCGAGCUAAGUGCAAAGAGGCAGGUGCCGUUUCUGGGAGCUGAGCUGCGUGUAGAGCGAAAGAAACAGAAAGAGGCAGAGCUACGUGAUCCGCGCUUCGAUGAAAGAGCGGGCGAUUAUAAUGUGGAAACCUUUAAAAAGAAUUACAAGUUUAUCAGCAAAAUACGUGACAAGGAAGUGGGCAAAUUGAAAAAAGAGUUGACUGAAGUACAGAAUGGCGAAGAAAAACAAAAAAUCAGGCACACUAUGCAGCGUCUUAUUAACAAAAAUGUAGAAGACAAAAAAUGGCAUCUCAAGCAACACCUGUUGAAAAAGGAACGUGCUGAAAUACAGAAGGCACACAAUGAAGGCCGUCAACCUCACUAUGCAACAAAAAAGGAAAGACGAGCCAAGGAACUGGUGGCCCAAUUCGAACAUCUGAAGAAUACAGGAAAGCUCAACAAACAUCUUGAGAAGCGACGCAAGAAGAACGCUGCCAAGGAUCGCAAUCGCAUUAGCAUAGAAUAGUUAUUUUUUUAGUUGAAAAUGUAUAUUAACGAUUAAACAAUUUA